CGCAACCAGAAGAAAACCAACACCUUUUUUCAAUGUCCUAUCUCCAGAAGGAAAUGUCUGCUUGGAUUGUUUAGAAAUUGGUUUAUUUAUUUAUUUUUUAUUAAAAGAUAUAACUUUAUGUCACGAGGACACUUCUGUUAAUUAUGCUACUUUAUUACUGAUCAAUUGCAAUACCUUUUGUGAAAUAUUUUAUACAUUUAAAUGAAUGAGGAUUAGCCUCUUAUCCUUUUCUUUUCCGACUCUUUAGUAUGUGUAAUCGUUUGAGUUCAUUAAAAGCUGCAAAGCUCUUAAAACAGGUCACUACAGACCCCAAGACCAUUUCUGCAAUCUACAGGCAGCACUGUAGUUUCCCGUCCCCCACCCAGGCUUUUGUAGGCCCUGAGGUACCCUGUGAGCAGGGAGGGCACUACAUUAACAUCUGUACAGAAUGGACCCAGAGUGAGUUGGAGAGAGGUCAGUCAAUCACUUUCACCCGUCAGCACACUGUUCUGCAUGAUGGAGUUUCUCUGCGCCUGAUUGGCCCGUCUUCACCCUGCACUGACAUUCAGAACCAGUUGCUCAGUAGCUACUCUCCAUCGGGGAAGCUGAAGGCUGUUAUUCGUGAAAAGCAGGAGAAACAGUUUUUGGAGAUUUGGGGAGAAAAUGGACUGCUAAGAUCCACAGAUCUAAGUACACAGAAUGUACAUGGCAAGGUCUACGGCAGUGGACAGUUUGGGGUUCUGACAUGGUCUCAUUCGGAAAAGAAAGUUCUGUAUGUCGCUGAGAAGAAACGAACAGAGGUAAGGUCUUUCUUUCAGACCUCAGAUUCUGUUUGCCAUGAUGAAAGAAGGGAGUCAAAGAGACAAGAGGGCAAAGAGGAGCAGGAGGACUCCAAUAUAUCACAGCAACCUAUAAAGGACAGCAACUUGGAAUUUUGGGAUGACUGGGGAGAGGGUCUGUCAGGCAGUAGGCUUCCAGUCUUAUGUAUUUUAGACAUCCAGAGCAGCUGCAUUUUGGUGGUGAAGGGCAUCCCAGAUGAUGUGUCUCCAGGGCAGGCUCUAUGGGCUCCUGGUGACCAAGGGUUGCUCUUUGUUGGCUGGUAUCAUGAGCCAUUCCGACUUGGCUUGAAGUUCUGUUACAACCGCAGGUCUGCACUCUACCAUGUAGACUUUGAAGGCAGAUGUGAGCUCCUGUCCUCUGAUUCCCAUGCCAUCUCAUCUCCUCGACUCAGCCCUGACCAGCGACAUGUCAUUUACCUAGAGGGGGAGACUUUUGGACCCCAUAGUCAGUGCCUGCGCCUCCAGCUGUAUGAUUGGCUCACCAAAGAAACAUUGAUAUUGGUAGACCGUGUUAAGCGUCCUGAAAAGGACUCAUUUGCUGGACUCUAUACCACUGCACUGCCCAUGAUGUGCUGGUCAGCUGACAGCCAUAGGAUCCUUGUCCACACUCCCCAGAGGAGCAAAAAGGAAAUCUAUGUAGUGCAAUUAACGGAGAAAAGAUUGACACGGCUAGUUGACAGCACAGAAUCUGGCAGCUGGACAAUUUUGACCGCUCAAAGGGACCUUGUUAUUGCCUUCUGCUCAGCCCCCGACCGCCCACCCAGUCUGAAACUGGGCCUCUUUCCUCCCAAGGGGGGAGAGCAGAGCAUCACCUGGGUGUCCCUUCAGGAAUCUGAUCAGCUACCUACCAUUGAGUGGACAGUGCUGACCUUCACGCCACCGCCUGCAGAGGAAAACCAGCGCUUUCCUGGUCUGGAUUUUGAAGCCUUGUUGGUGAAGCCUAAAUCUGUAGAGAAGAUGGAGGCAGGAAUUCCCUUGAUUGUUCAGCCUCAUGGGGGGCCACACUCUGUGUUUGUUGCACAGUGGCAGCAGAAUCUGGCAGUUCUAGUGCGACUUGGAUUUGCAGUGCUACAGGUAAACUAUCGUGGCUCCACUGGAUUUGGCCAGGACAGUAUUGAGUCACUCAUUGGGCUCAUUGGGAGACAAGACGUCAAAGAUGUGCAGCAUGCUGUCAACACAGUGCUCCAGAGUGAUGCAACUCUUAACCCCAAAAGUGUUUACUUGCUGGGGGGUUCUCAUGGAGGCUUCUUGGUCUGCCACCUGGUUGGACAAUACCCUGACUUCUACAAGGCUGGCGUCAUGAUGAAUCCUGUCAUAAAUUAUGCCACUUUACUGGGGACCAGUGACAUUACCGACUGGAGAUACACAGCAGUUGGACUUCAGUACUCGUAUGACCGGAUCCCUACUGUGGAUGAUUUGGCUGCCAUGCUGACCUCCUCUCCUCUGGUCCAUGCUGCCAAGAUCACAACCCCAGUGCUGUUACUGCUGGGUGGGAAAGACAAGAGAGUUACUCCAAAACAAGGUGUGGAGCUCUACAGGGUGCUGAAAAGCCGGAGCCGUUCUGUCAGAUUGCUGUGGUACCCUGAUGAUGGCCACUCCCUCUCAAAGACAUCCACUAUGGCAGACAGCUUCAUGGCAAUGAUUCUGUGGUUCCUACAGCAUCUUGGGAGGAAACCCCACUAGACAUCCUCUUAAGCAUUUUAUAGAUGGAGGACUGGAGGAUGGUUCCGUUGAACAUUGUGAACUUCAGGGUUUGUCAUGCAGCUGUCAUGAAUUCCUUGUCUGUCACUUCAUUUCUCUUUUGUCUUUUCUGUGCUUUUAUCCAUCUCACUCAUUCCAGUUGUCAUCCAUUAUUUAUUUUUGUUGUUCAUAUUUCUUUUUUUCCUCUUUCCCUGCAUUCUUCCCUCUUUAUGUUUUCUGAUUUCUGCACAUCCUCGCAUUUCACAUGAUUUCCUGUUAUAGUAUAUUCUUCUCUCUCAUUUUGUUUCAUCUGAAAUUUCUUUGGCCACUAGAGGGCAGGCUUGGGUACAUUUGAUCCAUGCUCUCGUGGGCUCAUUUUGGAAGCUGUUUCUGUUCUACUUUGUCUUGCCUGUAUUUGAAAUGCAUGAAAAAAAUAAUGUAGGGAAGAUGCAGUGUGGCAAAAGGGAGAAAGCUGCACGCAUUCCAGUCUCAUAAGUGGAUGGAUCCUAUGUUCUGUCUGCAGUGACUUUAUAGUGGGUAUGAUGUGUUUGUCACAUUGUUUUAAGGCAGGGGUUCUAAUCUGAAGAGCCAAAUAAGAAAAGUAUCAUACUGUAACUCAGCAUCUCAGGAAAAGUACACUGCUCAAAAAAACUUUAAGGGAGAACUUAAUCAUCAAAGUUAACACCAAGUCAGUUAAGCUUCAGCGAUAACAGUCUGUCAGAUUAGGAAACACAAGUGAUUGUGAGUCAACUUCACCUGCUUUGGUGCAAAUAAAAGUGACAACAGGUGCACUGAAGAGACAACAGCAUGAUGAUCCCCAAAAAGGGAAUGGCAGGUGGUGGCCACAGACAUUUGUUCUCUCCUUAUCCUUCCUGACUGACUCUUCUCUAGUUUUGUGUUUUGCUAGUGUCUUUGUCAGUGUCCUCUGUUUGAUUGUUGGUCAGUGAUGGUCUGGAGAGGCAUAUCCUUGGAGGGUCACACAAACCUCCACGUGCUAGGCAAUGUUAGCCUGACUGCUGUUAGGUACCGGGAUGAAUUUCUCAGAGCCAUUGUCAGACCUUACGCUGGCACAAUGGGCCCAGCCUCAUGUGGCCACAGUGUGUAGGCAGUUCCUGGAUGAUGAUGCCAUUGACUCGCCUGCAUGUUCCCCAGACCUGAAUUCAAUUGAGAAACUCUGGGAUGUUAUGUAUUGGUGCAUCUGAUGCUACCAAGUAGU